AAGCGUCUGAAGCACUUCCUGCGUUGUGCCUGUGUGCAAAAGUAGCUUUUACUGUUGCAGACUAACAGUUAAAUGGUUCAGAAGCUGCAAUAUUGAAUCGAUCUUCAAAUAAUCUCGGUCGUGAUGAAGGUUUUCAUAACGAGGCGCUUCCCUCAAGAGGGAAUGAAGAUCCUGACAGAAGCGACUGGAGUGUGUGAGGUGUCUCAGUGGGACUCAGAUGAGCCUAUCCCGAGGUCAGAGCUCCUCAAAGGGGUCCAGGGAGCUCAUGGUCUUCUGUGUUUGCUGUCUGAUAAGAUCGAUGCUGAGGUUCUGGAUGCUGCAGGCCCAAACCUGAAAGUAAUCAGCACCAUGUCUGUGGGAUUCGACCACUUGGCUCUAGAAGAGAUCAAAAAGCGCGGCAUACGUGUUGGUUACACUCCAGACGUCCUGACUGACGCCACUGCAGAGCUGACCGUGGCACUGCUCCUGGCCACCGCUCGCAGGUUACCAGAGGGAGUGGAGGAGGUCAAAAAGGGUGGCUGGAGCUCGUGGAAACCUCUCUGGCUGUGCGGUUACGGUCUGUCUGGCAGCACUGUGGGAGUCAUUGGACUGGGACGCAUUGGUAUGGCCAUAGCUCAGAGACUCCUCCCGUUUGGAGUUAAGAGGCUGCUGUAUACUGGAAGGACAGCUAAGGCCCACGGUGCAGAGGUCAAUGGAGAGUUUGUUCCCCUGGACGAGCUUGUGUCAGAGAGUGAUUUCAUUGUGGUUUCUUGCUCACUGACACCAGAAACGCAGGGCCUGUGUGACAAGGCAUUUUUCAGCAAGAUGAAAAAAACGGCAGUCUUCAUCAACUCAAGCAGAGGAGCUGUGGUGAACCAGGAGGACCUGUACGAGGCUCUUAGCCGUGGACAGAUAGCUGCAGCUGGACUAGAUGUUACAACACCAGAACCACUCCCAACAAGCCACCCACUUCUUACACUGAAAAACUGUGUGGUAUUACCGCACAUAGGCAGUGCCACUUACUCCACCAGAGGCGUCAUGUCAGCACUGACAGCCCAAAACCUGCUGGGAGGUUUGCAGGGCUCGGACAUGCCCAGCGAACUCAGCUUCUAGAUGCUGAAGAUAAACCGCCGGGCCUACAAUCUGCUCUGGUGCUACGUGAAAAUUACAUGAAAACUAACGUAACAGUAAUGUAGGGAAUAAUGGUAGAAGUACUACAGCAACCUAGACAUGUUCCAGCAUUUUCAAAUUUGAUUUGAUCAUACUCGUAUAUCUAGUAAAGUUCCUGGAAAGAAGGCUAACCUGACCCACCGUACCUCUGUGUCUAGUCAAAGAUUUUUAUUGUUUUUUUUUUUUUUUAGAAAAUAGAAUUGAACUUUCAUUAUAACAUCUGGAAAUAAAUGAUAAAACAGAAUCAGUCUUUUACUACAUUGUUAGGUGUGAUUCUUAUUAAAAUUAGCAUUGUAUGUGACAUUAAAGCUCUGCAUUUAUUAAACAGUAAAACACAUGCCCUGCAUGAAAUGAGCAUUUAUGGGAAAAUAAUAACUUAAAUGUCAUUUAAAUGUACAGAAAGUAAUGUUUUAGUAUUUAAUUAUGUCUUAUAAUUAAAUUAAAUUAAAUUGAAUAAA